UGUCAGAAGGACACAUCACUACUGUCGCGCUUCACUCCAGUCCAGCGGGAGGCGCUAAACACAUACGUUGGUUUAAGAAACACCAUUAAACCUCAGAGGAAGAAGUUCAGUUUCGCCGCGCUCUCUGUUGUUGUUAUGUCGGUGUGCUGCCUUAAUACAAACGGUUAGACACGUUUCUAAGAGAAAAAAUUAGUUUUUGAAUCAGUUCAGUAAAAUACCUGUAAUAUUCUCAUCCUAACAAUCGUGACUGAGUUUUGAAGCGACCAAGAAUAUCUGGAGGAGUUUAUCAUCUGAACUGAGAUCUGCUGCUGUGAAGAUGCAGUUUGUGAAAGAAGAGAGAGAAGAGAACACGAGUGAACCAGACACCAGCACAAUAAAACACGAGGAACCAGAAAUAAAACACGAGGAACCAGAAAUGCUGAGAAUAAAACACGAAGAUCCAGGAACCUGGAGAAUAAAACAAGAGGAAACAGAAACCUGCAAAAUAAAACACGAGGAAAAAGAAUCCUUGAGAAUAAAACACGAGGAACCAGAAAUAAAACACGAGGAACAAGGAGAGUUCAUUGAAGAAAAAGAGGAAAAUGAAGAAUCAAGUCCUCAAGAGAAGCAGAACGCAUGUGAUCAGUGCGAUAAAAUGUUUUUAUGGGCUUCACUUCUGAAGAAGCACUUGAAAGUUCAUGCAAAGAAGAAACCACAUUCAUGUCAUUUGUGUGGUAAAAGUUUUUUGCAUGUACAAAGUUUAAAAGAACAUCAGAAAAUACAUACUGAUGUGAGAGAGUACGUGUGCUCUGAGUGUGAGAAGACUUUUAGUUCAGCAAGCAGUUUAAAACUGCACAAGAGGAUUCACACUGGAGAGAAACCUUACAAGUGUUCACACUGUGACAAGAGAUUCAGUCAAUCAUCAACUCUGAAAACACAUGAGAGGAUCCACACUGGAGAGAAACCUUAUAAGUGUUUACACUGUGACAAGAGAUUAAGUCGGUUAACACAUCUGAAAACACAUGAGAGGAUCCACACUGGAGAGAAACCUUACAAGUGUUCACACUGUGACAAGAGAUUCCGUGUUAUAUCGAAUCUGAAAACACAUGAGAGGAUCCACACUGGAGAGAAACCUUACAAGUGUUCACACUGUGACAGGAGAUUCGGUGUUUCAUCAAGUCUAAAAAAACAUGAGAGGAUUCACACUGGAGAGAAACCUUAUAAGUGUUCACGCUGUGACAAGAGAUUCAGUGUUAUAUCAAGUCUGAAAACACAUGAGAGGAUCCACACUGGAGAGAAACCUUACAAGUGUUCACACUGUGACAAGAGAUUCUGUCAGUUAUCAAGUCUCAAUACACAUGAGAGGAUCCACACUAGAGAGAAACCUUACAAGUGUUCACACUGUGACAGGAGAUUCAGUAAAUCAUCAAGUCUCAAAACACAUGAGAGGAUCCACACUGGAGAGAAACCUUACAAGUGUUCACACUGUGACAAGAGAUUCAGUCGGUUAUCAAAUUUCAAAACACAUGAGAGAUUUCACACUGGAUAGAAAGCACAUCACCGCAAUGUACGUGGGAAGCGUACAUUGGCCCGUACACGCGGAGACGCAUUUAGAUGUUUAUGUAAAUAUUUUGUUAGGUAUAUGUGUUUCGUCCAGACGGAUCCAUCAUUUUGGGAGAAUGAAUUCACUAUUUCUUUGGGUCCCAGAGUGGAUAAAUCUGAAAAUGACACCUUUGGGUCUUUGUGUUCUGCCAAUCCAUAUAUUUUGUGAAACGAAGUCAUAGGGCUGUGAUGGUGGCUGAUUUUUACCACCGCGGUAGUCAUGGACCAACAACCGCGUGUGGCGCGGUGUUGAUAAAAAAAAAUAAUAAUAAUAAUAUAUAUUUUAUAUAUAUAUUAAUGAAUAAAUAUAUUAGUCGCAGAAUGACUGAACAGGAGAUGUUUCAGACACACGCUCCUCUUCACUUUAUUAUCAGGUGCAAGUAAAGCGAAUCCGGAAACUGUCCUGUGCUCAAAGGCGCCAUUGCACGCUUCCUUUGUGCGUAUCCUUUCAUAUCAAACUGCGAAAUAAACUGUGCAAGCAGUGUCGUGGUCAGUUAAUUCAUGGAAUUACCAAAAAAGGUGAUUAAAGCUGACUUAAACUGUACAUGCAUAUAAUAUAUUUUAUAUAUAUUAUAUACAGGAUAUAUUUAUAUAUAUGUAUGCACAUGUCUAUGAAAUCAGCCCAGCUCUGUUUCACUCAUCUAACACAUUCUAUUUAACUUGUCAGUUUGUGUUUAUUUGAGAACUUCUGACAAAAUACUCAUUAUAAUCAGUGAUGCUACACUGGAUGCAGCACAACACGACAUGAUAAAUCCCCGUCCGGUCUGUGAGGUACUGACACCGAGUCCAAAUGUCCUGUAUAGACACUAGACAGACUAAACCUGUCGCAAUGCGGUUGUGUUGCGUCCGGUUUACUUUUCCACCACUAAGCAAGCUCAGUAACUCCUCAUCUGCACGCGCUCUCUUUAAAAUAGGAAUCGUUGCCAUAUUUCUUGUUAACAUUUUUAUUUAUCGCUGUCUUGUUUGUAUUUGGCAAGUUUGGAGAAAGCCUCACUAAACCUGACCAGCCAGCGUUUGCGAUCACGAGAACUUGUGCAAACAUGGAUCAUAAAUGCAGAUGACUCAACACUAAAUUAAUUUGCUGAAUGCAAACUAUUUUCCUGAGCUCAAAUCUGCCAAUCUAAAGGAAGCGCUGUGUUUGAGGUAAUUUUUUAAUUACCAUAGACUUAGAAUUUGCAACUAUUACAGUUAUUACACGUAUAUACAAGAUUGUGUAUUAUGCUUGCUAUAGAGUGUGUGACGUCACAUGCACUACCGCCGGUGACAGUAGACAACCGCGAUGGCAACCGACCACCGCGGUGACGCAGUUGUCACAGCAACCGUCACAGCCCUACAAAGUCAUCACCCCACUUCUCUACUAUUGUCAGACACCGCUACCUCAUGUAACACCAACAACAAUGGAGAACUACAUGUCUGUGUUCAUGCUGCAGAAGCUACUGAGCCUAUUAGCUUGAUUAAACUUACUAGUAGAGCUGCACGAUAUUGGAAAAAAAACUCACAUUGUCAUUAUUUGUUUUAACGGUGUAUAUUGCAAUAUGGAAAAAAAUAAUAAACAGAUGACUAAACAGAUGACUUGAACUGCUCUAUUUGGUUAGGGUGAUUUUGUAGGUGAAUAAAGCAGCUAGGAAAAUAGGCGAAAUUACAAACAGAUAAAUAUAAUAGAUAAAUUAUACGAAUUAAACAAAAAAAUGCUUUGUAUUCUUCAGGUAAGACCAACUGUUACUGUCUGUUACAGUUAAGUCUAAUACAUUACUGCUGCGUUACAUUGCUGACAGAAUGCAGUGUUUAUAAUCUAGAGAUUGUAAAGAGGAUGUAGCUCACGCACUGUCACGUCAAGUGCCAGUGGAUUACUGACUUGCUCCCACGAGACCCGAUGCAACAGAGAGCGGCGCGGGACAAGACGUGUGUGUGUGUGUGUGUGUGUGUGUGUGUGUGUGCAGGAUGCAGGAAAAUAAAAAAAUAAUUUAAAAAUAAAAAAAUCUAAAACAAAUUAUUUAUCUAUUGCACAAAAGCAAAAUAAACUAUUAAACAUAAACGAUUAACAGGUGCAAGCAUAUGCAGAGCUUCUAUUUAGGCUUCAACAGGGAUUGGUUUGUUGCAUGAUGAGACUGAUGCGAGAUACUGAUCCAAAAGCACAAGUUUUGUUAAUAAGUUUAAUUUCUUCCUGUAAUCCUGUACAGACUUCCUGUAAUAUAGUUUUUCAUUAUUGUUGCUGUUUCCAUUUAAAAUAAAUAAAACAUUGAA